AUGCCGGACACCCACCCACGGCCGGCGCUGGCACGAUAUCGCCCUAUUCUCUACCUGCUCUCCGGCGUUGCAGCCGCCUACGCGAUACUUUACAUCCACAAUCACAUCUUAUCCACAUCAACGUCUCAGAACACCCUCCGCCGCCGCAAAGCCGUCCGCCACCAGCGACGAAGAGGCGAAGCUGAACCCGCCAAUGCUGCCGCUGCGGACACGCCAUCAUCGCGAGCCAUCGCACACCUGGAGCAACUCGAGCGCCAGAACGGUGUUUACGGAACAUUUCGCAUAGAAACUGAAGAUGGAAGGCGCGUGGAGAGUGGUCUCCUCCCGUCACUGCUCGCAACGCGGGACCAACUCAUGGAGGAAGUGGGUGUUCCCCAGAACCAUGCGGAGCGGAUGCGCGAAAUGAUGGAAGACACGUUCCUGGAAUCAUUUUUGGCGAUGGACUUUCCACCCACGCAUACACUGGAGGAGGGUACGCCAGAACGGGAUUUUUUGACUGAGCAGCUCCAGCGGCGAGGGAUUUCGCGGGCCGGAAUCGAGAGGGCCCUGGUGCGGUUCAAUGAUGAUAAUAACUAUGGGGAAGAGCUGAGACGACGUCGACAAAAUGGUGAGAGAGUUACUUUAUCUACGUCUACGUUUCCGGAAGAGUCGUCGCCGGCGCAAAACAUGGACGGUGGGGAGACAGUUGUUGAUGAUCAAAGUGUGUUUUCGUGGAGGGAUGGCAAUAACGACUCGUCGCCGACGAGGGAGGGACAGAAUCUACUCAAUCUACUCUAUCAUAUUGCGGAGGAUCAGGCCAGACGCGACGGGUAUAUCCAUCGGGGAGUGACGUGCAAUAGCUGUGGGGCAAUGCCCAUCCUUGGAAUUCGGUACAGAUGCGCGAACUGCAUCGACUAUGAUUUGUGUGAGACGUGUGAGGCGAUGGGUGUGCAUAUCAAGACGCAUCUGUUCUACAAGGUCCGGAUUCCCGCUCCAUUCCUAGGCAAUCCCCGGCAGUCGCAGCCUGUCUGGUAUCCUGGGAAGCCUGCCAUGCUGCCGCGUAGCGUAUCCCGGUCUCUGAGCAAACGCCUGAUGAAGGAGACUGGCUUUGACAACACCGAAUUUGAAGCACUUUGGGACCAGUUCCGAUGCUUGGCCAACCAUGAGUGGGAUGAUGAUCCGAACAAGCUGCAUAUGGCUAUUGACCGGAAAACAUUUGACCGGUGUUUCGUCCCGAACACGUCUAUCCGCCCCCCGCCGCCCAGCCUGAUCUACGACCGCAUGUUUGCCUUCUAUGAUACCAACAGCGAUGGGUUGAUUGGAUUUGAGGAGUUCUUGAAAGGUAUCGCCAGUCUCAACAAUAAGAGCAACGAUGAGCGGCUGCGUCGCGUGUUCCGUGGCUACGACAUUGAUGGCGACGGCUACAUUGAGCGGAAGGACUUCUUGCGGGUAUUCCGGGCCUAUUAUGCUCUGAGUCGAGAGCUGACCCGGGACAUGGUGGCCGGUAUGGAAGACGACUUCCUGGAGGGCGGUGCUCGAGAUGUUGUGCUGGGGAGCCAGCCGAUCAGCUCGGCCUUUCCUGGCAGCAUUCCCUCCGGGGAGGCGUCGAGAACCGGAGAAGGCAAGCGCAUAAACCAGGACGGAGACUUGGAGAUCGUGGACAAUGAAAGCAUUGUACGACCGGACCGCACGGAUACCGCGGAUCGACACUCGGUGGUGGGCGACGCGGCCGUCCGAAGCCAGUUCGGCAGUGUGCGGCCCAUGUAUGCGACUGCAGCUCGCCUGGAGACUCCGUCCGGCUCUGGCGUGGCGCAUGCUUCAGGAAGCAAUACUAGAAGGGAUAUCCACAGCGAGGAUGCUCCUGACGAUGCCUCCAACUCGUCCGGUGGCAGCGAUAGGUGGCCUCCGCCGGAGGGACAAGUUCGCGACCACGACAUCGUGGACGCUCUUGGGUCCUAUGUGCCUUUGAACGAUAUAACCGACCCCGCCGAUAGGGAUCGUGUUGGCGCAGCGGUCUACAACAGAAUGUACGCUCAGGGUCGACAUAACGUGCAGGUGACACACAGUACCGGGGUCCACGAGCGCUGGCAGCGCAGGAGGUUCUACACCGACGAGGAAGACGGCGCAACUGUCCCACAGGGCUAUCAUAGCGACAUGGACGUGGGCAGCCUGACAGAGGAUGAAGAUGAAGAUGAAGUUGAAGACGAUGAGCCCCAGCCCGAGUCUCACCCGCCGUCUCCCCGCUCUCGCUCCUCUUCCAAGGUGCGGUUCCAGGAUGAUCUUACCGACGACUAUGACGUGCAGUCCAACCCGUCUACCUCAUCCCGCAGCAUCCUGGUGGGCGAGCGAUGGGGUGGAUUCGAGAUUCCCGCGGUCGAGAGAGACGUCGGGAAAGAGAUCUUAUACCAAGUCACGCAGCAAGGGUUCAACGAGCUGCUCGACCUCCUGUUCAAGCCGAAGGAGGACCUGCUCAUGGAGGCCUUCCACACGCGUGCCGAGCGCAAGAUGUGGGCACACGAGAUCGAACGGCUUGAGCAGAUGGACUCCGGCACGCCAGUUGUCCAAGAGGAGCGACAGCCUGCCGACGAACCGGACGAGCCGCCCGAAUCGACCAUGCUUCGUCUUGAUCCCAACGGCACCACCUCCUUCCCCGCUCCAGCCUCCCCCUCGAUAUCUUCCCCCGAAGCCGAAGCCACGGCCCCAAAGCAUUCCCCCUCCCCCAUCCCACCUCUUCCUUCAUCACCCACCCUCCCCAGAAGAACCAGUCCCCCGCGACCUCCUUCCAAGGCCAAACUCGCCCAUCUCGCACACCUCGAAAAGAUCGAGCGUGAGGCCAAGGAGCGCGGCGGCAGCGGAGCGAAGCUCAACUUCAAUGAGUUCGCACAACGCAUGGCGAUGGAUCGCGGCCGCACAUUGGCAUUCGUAGCUAGUUGGAUUGAAAUGGCGAGUUUCUAGGUUACC